AUGAAGCACAUAGUGCUCGCACUUUGUCUCUAUCUAUGUCAAACACUAGGAGCAGAUACAGAUGACCCUCAAGAAAUCCCAUUGCAUGCACAGAUGUUGACUGGUGCACCACUGGUCGAGUAACUCCGUAAGAACCAGAAACUUCUUGAAGUUGCAGNAAAUUAAUGGAUGUGGCUUUUGCAAAUGCAAAUCAGAAUUUGAAUCCUGUUGUCAAUGAUGACAAUGACACCGGUGCUGACCUUCCGGAAAACUACGAUCCCCGAAUUGUUUGGAAAAACUGUUCAUCUUUCCGCACCAUCCGAGACCAAGCAAAUUGCGGCUCAUGCUGGGCACUCUCCACUGCAGCUGCGAUUUCGGAUCGUAUUUGCAUAGCCACCAAAGGGAAAAAGCAGGUAUAUGCCUCUGAUACUGAUAUUUUGACAUGCUGUGGAGCACGAUGUGGGAAGAGUGUGUAAAGGAGGGCAGGUCAUGGAAGCCUGGAAAUUCUUCGAAUAUGACGGAGUCGUUUCUGGAGGACCUUACCUUGCUAAGGAAUGCUGCAGUCGUUAUCCCCUUCAUCCUUGUGGACGCCAUGGGAACGAAACCUUUUAUGGAAAGUGCAAUGGAACGGCGCCCACACCGCCAUGCAAAAGGAGAUGCCAACCUGGCUUCAGGAAAAUUUACAGAACGGACAAGCGAUACGGCGAGCUUGGCAGGACUUACAGAUUGCCGAAUUCUGAGGUAAAAAUUCGAAGAGAAAUCAUGGAAAGAGGGUCGGUGGUUGCCACGUUCUAUAGUUUUGACGACUUCUUGCACUAUAAGUCAGGAAUUUAUAAGUACACCGCUGGUAUCAUAGCAGGCUCUCACGCAGUGAAGAUCAUAGGAUGGGGAAAGGAAAAUGGUACGGCCUACUGGAUCAUCGCUAAUUCGUGGCACAAUGACUGGGGUGAGAAUGGAUUCUUCCGUAUGAUUCGAGGCAUCAACAACUGUGGAAUAGAAGGGGAUGUAACCGCCGGGAUUGUCGACGUUGAGAGUCUCUAA